AUGUGCCAGCCGGUGGCCUUGGUGUGCUCUUCCGCUUCUACUGCGCCUAUAUAUGUGACCGGCGUCAGCAAGGAGGUCAGAAGGAAUAUCAGAAAGAAGCUAUGGAGGAUACAGCCGAUCGAUUGCCGCCCGACGAAUUCAAGCACCUAUUCGCGUUCCGAUGAGCCAAAUCCACCGUACCACCCGUCCCGCAUGCGGCCACUGACGACAUCUGCUCUUUUUGUUAUCUGGUCCUCACUGCCGAAUACCGUAAUGGAUGCUUGUGCUAGGAUGCAGGAGCCUGGAGUGGUCACUACAACAGCGGUUCCGACUACGACUGCGGUUGCGAUUACCACUACUUAUUCUUUUGAAGAUUUUCAAUUAUCAAAACCUGCUCAACUUUAUGAGGAAAUGCGGUAUGGUGAUAGUUUGUUUGAACUUUGUACUAACGGUUCUGUUGCAGAUACUGAUUGGACUGGGACACACAAGGGCUGCCGAGACAACCACGACUGUGGGACUGGCUGCCCUGUAACACCUCCCGGUGAACUACCGCCUGACGGUGUUGGCUGCUUUGGCCAGGCAAAUAACCCCGAAUACGCAUGGACAUACGCAAACUGUCUCUCCGUGACCGAUAAUUGGGGCUACACAAUAGCUGAUGGCACAUGUGCUGCCGGAUGCAAGUCGCUCGCCACCUUCUUGACCGACGGAGAUCUGGUCUAUAAUGUGGUUAUGAAAUGCCAAGGCGGCGAUCUCUUCUAUGCCAUCACCGGCGUCACAAUGGAUAUGUUUGGUGCCUACAACCCGCCAUGCAGUCGUGCAGGAAAGGCC